AUGAUUCAUUCAGUAUUAAUAUUUAAUAAAAAAUGUCAGCCAAGACUAAUUAAGUUUUAUACACCCGUGGAUUUGCCUAAUCAAAAAAGAUUAUUAAAUCAAGUUUAUGAAUUAAUAUCACAGAGAAACACAGAUAUUCAAAGUUCUUUCUUAAUAACACCACCAUUUCUCUUAUCGCAAAAUUCUAAUAGUGAGUUCGAUCAAAGCAUACAAAUAAUAUAUAAAAAUUAUGCAACUUUAUAUUUUACUUUCAUUGUGGAUGAUCAGGAAUCUGAACUGGCCAUGCUGGAUUUAAUUCAAACGUUUGUUGAAUCAUUAGACAGAUGUUUCACUGAAGUGAACGAAUUGGAUUUAAUAUUUAACUGGCAAACUUUACAAAGUGUGUUAGAUGAAAUUAUUCAAGGCGGAAUGGUCAUUGAAACUAGUGUUUCCAAGAUUGUAUCCUCUGUAGAUGAAUUGAAUCGUCUAGCUGAAACUUCGGAUAAUAGAGUUGGAUUUACAUUUAGCAAUGCAUUUCAGGCUUUAACCCAAAGCAGUUUUGCUCAAUGGGCUUCAGGACAGUAA